AUGAACGGUCCUUAUGCAGAUAAUUAUCAAAAAUUAGCAGCAUUUGAUCCCACUAAAAAUCCAUAUAAUAUGCUGAUAAACGAUGCAGUAGAUACACAUCUACGCAAGACAUUUGGAAAAUAUGGUUCUAAAUUCAUUUUAUAUCUUUAUUCAAAUGGUAAACAUUCUCAAAGACGUCUAAGUUGUGCAGUUGAAUCAACAUCAAAUGAAAAUGAAAUUUCGGCAACACAGAUCAAACGACGUCUUAUUACUUUUGAUAUCGUUGCAAACUUAUUAGCUAUUGAAAAUAACAUGAGUAAUCCCACCGUUGAUUUACUAUUAUUACUACAUGAUAAUUAUCUACCGAAAACGUAUUUACAAUUUAUUCACAGAACUUCAGUAGAGAGUGCUAAAUGUGAUAAUGAUACCAGAAAACAAUAUAUUCAACAAAUGAAAUGCGUUAUACAAGGUGUUAACAAGCGUAAUACAUAUAUUUGUAAAUGUUCAGAAAUAUGUGAUUAUAUGUUUUAUUUUGAGAAUUGCGGUAAACCAAAAGCAAAAAAUAACUGUCCAAUUUGUAAUCAAAUAAUAGGUGGUAAUGAAGUAUUUACCCAUAAGUUAUAUGAUCGAGAUCCACCACAAAUUAGUAUGUUACUUAAAGAUGGAUUAAAAUUUAUCGAUAACUGUAUUAAAAAAUAUGAGAAUAACGAAAUUAUCAAUGAGCAAAAUCAAAAUCAUCUAUCAACACUUGGAAAAUAUGUAUUACGUUUAAUUUCACACAGUCUAUUGUUAAUAACAGACGAAAUGCAAUUAUUUAAAUUACCAAAAGACUUCUAUAAAGAUGUGAAUUCAAAAAAUGUUGGUCAAUUUCUUCAAAAGGAAAUUGAAGCAGAUAUAGAAUCAAUAAUUAACAUACUGAAUGAGGAUAAUUGUCGAGCAGAUUAUAAUUUAUGGCUUUAUACAGUGUGUAAGUCAUUAGAAAGUUGUUUUGCCCAAGAACAACAACAAAAACAAUUUGCUGAAAGAUUUGAAAAAAAGGAGUGUUCGUGA